AUGUCCUCCAAGCAUCUCUCCCAAUUCCACAAAUUCUCAAUCCCAACUAUCUUCAUCUUAACAUGCAUAUUCUUCAUUCUUUAUAAUUACUCCUCCAGAAUGGGUGUGCCGGAGAAUCAUCAUCCGGUGGCAUUUGACCCUGCACCAGAUGUGGAUCUAAAUGCGAAGACAUCAUCGGCGUUCGUGCCAGAGAAGAAUGGCACAUUCGUGGCUGCAGAGACUUGA